AUGGUCCGCUCGGUGUUCACUCAGAGCUCGUUGUACGGGCUGCUGGUGCUGCUGGGCGUGGUGGGGAACGUGCUGGUGGCGGGGAUCCUGUCCUGGGGGUUCCUGCAGCAGAGAUCCAUCGAGCAGUCUGACUUCAUCCUGCUCAACAUGGCGCUGUCCAACCUGCUUGUCUCGUUCUUCAGAAACAUCCUGCUGUUCCUCUCAGGCCUGGGCAUGGAGGCGUUCCUGUCUCAGGGCUGGUGUAAGAUCUUCAUGUGUUUGUGGGUGUGGUUCCGCUCUGUCAAUGUCUGGAUGACGUUCUGUCUCAGCGCGUUUCAUUUCGCUGUGAUUCGCCGGAACAAACCCGCCCCCUCCGCAGGCCUCGCCCCCGGCCAUGCCUCCCAGGAGCUGCGGCGCCUCCUAUUGGUCAUCGGGCUGGUCUGGGUCGUCAACCUGAUCUACUCCCUGCCGCUGUUAAUGUUCUCCACCAGGGGGAGCCUGAACAGCACUGAGACCCUCAUGGUGAUCAGCAGCACCACACGCCCUCUGCUGGGCUGCGUGUGGAAUUUCCCCUCUCGGUACAGCGGGCUGGCUUUUGCCACAGUGUCCCUGGUGGUGCACGAAGCUCUGCCCAUCAUACUGAUGCUGGGCACUAACCUGGCCACGCUGUACCGGCUGGGCAUGCACGGGCGCAGCGUGGGCGCCGUCCAGGAGAGCCUGCCCAGGAGGGUGCCAGCCGAGCGCAAGGCAGCCAAGGUGAUCCUCCUCUUGAUUGUCCUGUUCAUCGUUCCCUGGGGAACCAGCCUGGUCUCACUGAAUUAUUACAACUACAACCGAGGCCCGUCCGGGGAGUACCUGGUGGUCAUCGCGACAUUCUCCAACUCCCUCUUCAUCGCGCUCAGCCCCCUGGUGCUGGCGGCCGGGCACAGCAAGCUGAGGAGCAAGCUGAAGCACCUCCUGAAGAGAGGGGAUCCGGGGAGGGGCACAGCAAGCUGA